AGAGGUGGUGCAGGGACGGCAGUGCUGCUCACCAAAUAGACUUUAUUAUUAGUUUACCAGCGUUGAGAGAGUGUGAGCAGGCAUGCAGCAGUCUCUGGAGUCUCUGGUCCAACUGCUGGAGUCCUACAGAGGUAGAGAUAAAGUUAUCAGGACCGUGUGUUAUGGGUCUCAGCUGGUUGGAGGAGUCCUUUCCCGGAAGGCAGAGACGGACGUUCGGUCCCAGCAGCUUGGGAAAAGUCUGCUGCUGUUCUCAGCUCAGCUCAGCCACUGCAGGACGGUGCUGAGGCUGUUCGAUGACCUCUCCAUGCUGGCCUACUCCCACAGCUAUGGGCUCGGAAAUAGGGAGGAGGAUGGGGCCGUUCGCUGGAUAUCUGUGCUGAACAAUGUGGCAGACCAGCUCUACUACCCCUGUGAGCACAUCGCCUGGGCCGCUGACACCGAGCUCAUCAAAGUGAAGUCUGAUAAGUGGUGGCUGUUCAGCACAGUGCUGUGGGGAACUUCUCUGCUGCUGGGAAUCCUCAGAUCACUCCGAGUUCUGCUACUGCUAAAGAAGAAGCUGAAGAAUAGGGAUGAAGGAAGGAAGAGUCGCAUUCAGCUUCGCCGGCAGAUGCGAGGGGAGCUGCUGUCCAUUCUCAGCAGCAUGGCUGACCUCAGUAACGCCAUUCACUGGAUGCCACCUGGUUUCCUGUGGGCAGGACGUUUCCCUAACUGGCUGGUAGGUCUGCUAGGCACCACGUCUUCUCUGAUUGGUUUGAUCCAGAUAAACGCUGGCGACGGUGAACAGUCAGACACUACACAGUCUUCACCACAGUGAGGAAGAGAUGGAGCGAUUGAUGGAUAUUGGUGGAAAAUGCUGAGUGAGCAGAUCUGAUUAGACUCCAGUCAGACUGUCUGUGGAGAUUAACUGCAGUCCUAAAAUCAAAAUAAUGUUGGCCUAUUACUGCAUUUGAUUUACAUUUGGACAUUUUAGUCAUCAGACAAUGACUUGGAAGAUGAUAUAAUCAUUCAAAAGCUCUAUUGUUUACGUCUUGUAUCAUUUCAGUACACUAAAGAUGUUGAGUAAGAUUCAGGUUCUACAGUAAAUUCAAGCUCUGCUGCAAAUCAUUUUUGUUUUAGUUUUUGUCUGAAGAGCAAAAGAAAAGAAAAGUCAGGCAGGUCACAGGGUUUGAAAAAGCACUGGUAGUAACACAGCCUUAAAGUUACUUUUUAGCAGUUGGAUUUACUCUGGAAAGCAACCCUCUGGAAUAUAUUCACCCAGUUUAUCAACUGCUUAUCCAGCUCAGUUUCACAAGGAAGCUGGAGCCACUCCCAGCCAGCUGUCAUGUAACUGAAGAAACAUCCCAUUUGCAUUACAAAAAGAAGAAACAAACAUUACCGAACAGUUACCAGUCAAAUUCCAGAUUUUUAAAUGUGGUUUGGCCUAUUAAUGAUGAUGUCUGUAUGACUGGUGAGAUGAAACAGAAUGUGUAUGAAAUGUAUGUUGAUUUAAGUGUAAAAUAAUUUUAUAUUAUGUAAAAAAUUAACUAAUUUUAAAAAUAAACUGUUGAAUUGUU